CCUUUUUUUCAACACUAUUUAUUUAGCACAAACCUUCAUUCUUUUGCUUGUGACAUAUAGUGGAAAUUUGGAAAACAAGUAGUAAGAAGAAAACUUGUUCCUCCAAUGGGAAAUCACAAAUUCAAAUUUUCUGAUAUGAUGCCAAACACUUGGUUUUACAAGCUUAAAGAUAUGAGCAAAACCAAAAACCAUAAAACCCCAUUUUCAUCUUCUUCUACUAAUAAGUCACAAUUUUCUCAGCCAAGAUCAUCAUUUUCUUAUACUAGAAAGUCCAUUAGAGUUGACAAGAUUUACAAUUCUCAUGCUUAUAGUUUUCUUGAUCCACCAAGAAGAUCAUCAUCAUCAUCAAAGAAAAAAUCCAAGAGAAAGACAAUUUACAAGCCUUCUCCUAAACAUAUUCCUUCCUCUGUUUCCAACUACGUCUCAGUCUCAAACAAAUUAAAGUCGGCUUCUUCUGUUUCCUCAACAGAAGAAGAAAAAUUCCCUGAAUUGGAUUUCCUUAACUCUCCAUCCUCGGAAUUCGACUCUGUUGAUUCUCAAUCUUUCAAUGAACUUGCCUCAAAUUGGCCAAAUUCUUGUAGUUGUCACUUCACUUCUUCAGCUACUGAUAUUAUCAUAGAUAUGAAAAAUAAAGCUCACUCAAAAAAUGCAGAGUACGCGUCAAUUUCAGAUAUUGAUCAACUCCCUCCGAUUCUUACAAAGACAUCAAAUUCCAUGAAGAAUAUAAAACAGGACGACAAUGUGAAGGUUCGACGAGAAAAGGAACCUACGAACAGAGUAGGUUCCCCUGUUUCAAGAAAACAUUACUCUAGCUCUUCUGGUGUAAAACUACGAACAAAUUCUACUAAAGUAGCAAGCAAGAGAAAUAGUGUGUCAUCAUCAAAAAGGCGUUCGAAGGCAAAGAAAAAGAGUUGUUCGAUUUCAACAGGGACAAGUUUUGCUAUAGUGAAGGCUUCAAUUGAUCCCGAGAAGGAUUUCAAAGAAUCUAUGCUCGAAAUGGUUGUCGAAAACAAUAUCAGGGCAUCGAAAGACUUGGAAAAUCUUCUUGCUUGUUAUCUUUCAUUGAAUUCAAAUGAGUAUCAUGAUCUUAUUAUCAAGGCAUUUGAACAAAUAUGGUUCAACUUGUCUGACCUUCACUUGUAAAAUUCUACUACUUUCUUACUUUAAUUUUUCCCAUUCCUCCUAAAAAUGUUAAAAGUAUUAUUUUU